AUGAGACAGAGAUCCAAACGAGUUGGAACAACAAUUGGAGCAGGAGUGUAUAUUCUUGUGGGGAUAGUAGCUAGACAACACACUGGACGUGCUCUUGCUGUAUCCUUCUUCAUCGCUGGUGUAGCAGCUGCUCUCUCCGCUUGUUUCUAUGCUGAGCUUGCUUCUCGAUGUCCAUCUGCUGGGAGUACUUAUCAUUAUGCUUACAUUUGUCUUGGAGAAGGCUAUAUGCUAGUCUACGUGUGGGUCAUGGUUUUUGACACUGUUUUGGGGUUUUCUUUAUCAGCCACAAAUCUUCAUGGCAAUGGCUAG